GGUCACCUCUAGAACUCGUAUACGCUGUGGUUAUGGCAGCUUGUGACACGUAGCAAAUGUGUUUGGAACGAUUGGUAUACAAGGAUAUUGCCACUUUCUAACAUUUCAACCAUAAUCAGGUACCAAAACAUUGUUUGAACCAUUUCGAGCAAAAACACUAUAAGAUGGCGGAUUGUACAUAUCGUAGCAAUAUGAUUAGUAUGGAAACCCGCCUGGAUCGUUUCAAGGAUAUGUGGGUUAAGGGUGACACGAAGUGGCACACGAGGGGAGUUAAUCCUUUACUUCUCAAACAUCAACAUAUUCUACUCUCACUCAAGAAACCGAUGAAAGUGUUCGUGCCCCUUUGUGGAAAAGACGACUCCAUGAAAUGGUUGGCUGAGCAGGGACACACUGUGGUCGGCGUCGAUUUUUCUGAUAUUGCUUGCAAAAAUUUCUUUCUAGAUAAUAAUUUGGAAUACAUAAAAGAAGAUAUCCAGAAUUCUCAUGUAAAUGGACACAUCUAUAAAGCGAUUCACGACCAGUUGAAUCUAUCUAUUUAUUAUUGUGAUUAUUUCCAGCUGGUACCUGAACUCCAACACGAUUUUGAUGCCGUUUGGGACAGGGGUGCAUUAAACGCUAUGGAUUCGGUCAAUGUGGCCAGGUAUGCUUCCGUAAUGGUACCUUUGAUGACUGAAGAAUGUGUCAACUUCACGGAAAUUGUACAUGGAUUCCCGGAAGCAAUUUCCAUCGAGACAAUUCGAUCGGCUUUUGGUGAAACAUUCAUCGUAGAAAGCAUCGAUAAAGUUGGACCACACAAUGAACAUUACAAAAAUGUUGGGGCAACGGCUUUUGAACUUUUGUGUGUGAAACGAAAACGACUGACAAACAGCUUGUAAGUCGGUGAAAAUACAAGAAUUGGAUUAAAUGUUGUUGAAGAAUAUACUCCGUAAAACUGAAAAGGGUAACAUUAUUUUGUGUUGCGAUUAAUAUUCAUUUCUCUUGUUAAUCAUUUUAAUGAUGUAUUUACGAAUAAACUGAUUGAACAGUUGCUCUAAAACAUU